CGCGCAGUCUCGCAACGACGACUUCCUAUCGGUGUUCCCUGAACAAGAGUCCCCAAACAACUUUCCGCGAACAGGCCGGGAGGCGCCCUUGCUCACACAGAGGCUCCGCAUUCUCUAUUUCCACUCACUCGCGGAGGACUACGAUAGCAGGUUGGCUCGCUCACUAAGGCAUCCAGCGUGGAGUCAGAGGCGCGGACUGAGGUCGCUUCCGCGCCUCGGAAGAUUACUCGUCGGAGACAGUGACGGGUGGUAAGUUCCGCAGCCUCGGCGGGUCGCCAUAUCGAGAGGACAUUAUGGCAUCGCCAUUAGUGCUUGUCCAUUUGCUCGUUGUGGCUGCUGUCGUCCUCCUCACUGCUGAUGCAGUGGAAGGCGGUGGUGGAGUGAAAGGCGGUGGUGGAGUGAAAGGCGGUGGUGGAGUGAAAGGCGGUGGUGGAGUGAAAGGCGGUGGUGGAGUGAAAGGCGGUGGUGGAGUGAAAGACGGUGGUGGCCCAAGGGAGGAUGAUGGAUGCACACCCGUCACCGACCCCACCGGUUCCGGGACAGUCCAUGAUAAGCCGGCCACACCCGAGCAUGUCACCGAUGGCAGCAGCCCUGAAGUUAGCAGGCCCGGUGACAGCAGGCCCGGUGACAACAGCCCCGACGACGGCAACCCCAUCGGCACUAAACCCGACGACAUUAGCUCCGAAGGCAGCAGCCCCGACGGAAACAGGCCCGAAAAGAACCCCACUACCGAUAGCAUUGACCGGGAGACCCCUGUGACUCAUCCGACCGGCCAUACUGACGAGCCAUCCAUGCCGGAUGAUGAAGGGUGUGAAGAUUCUAAGGGGUCUAAAGGCCAGGAGGGCUCUAAAGGUCCCCCGGGAUCCAAGGGUCCCAAGGGAUCCAAGGGUCCCAAGGGAUCCAAGGGUCCCAAGGGAUCCAAAGGCCCCAAAGGGUCUAAAGGAUCCAAGGGUUCAAAAGGGGGCGACGGCUCCAACAACAAAGGCGUCAAAGGCUCCAAAGACGACGGGCAGGACGUGCGUUUUCCAGGCUUGGGCGACGGCGAUCACCAUGGAGGCGCGGCUGGCGCGGGCGUACCAGUGCAGAUGGGGGAUAACAGCAACGACAAGGAUGCGAACAAGAGGGACAAGGAGGAUGACAAGGAACGCAUCCGCGCCCGUAGCAACCAGCGGGCUCCCGUGGUGUGCUUCCUCCGCGGCGACGGUUUCGAGAGGCAUGGCGUGCGCCGGUACUCCCUGAGGAGCCUGCCGAUACACAAGUGCACGCACUUCAUCUACUCGUACUUGGAGACGGACAACAAGAGCGGGGAGAUUAUCUACCGCAGGAAGGGACGCAUGGGAGAGAAAACUAUCCUGCGAGCGCUGGGGCGAAUCAGACACGACACAAACGCAAAAGAAGUUAAAACCCUCGUCAGCUACGGCGCCGGCGCGCACGUGCAAAGCCUGCUGAACCGCAUCCGGGACGACAAGGAGGCCAAUAAACUGGUGGAGCGUAUAAAGACCAUGCUGGAGACCUUCGGACUGGACGGCAUCAACUUUCACCUGGAAGGGCCCGGUCCCCUCGUCUGCAAAGAAGAAGACAUCAGGACCAUAGUCAAGUUCAUCAAGAAUCUCCGGCAUUCGGUCAACAAGCAGGUCCUCAUCACGGUUCAACUUCCCGCCUGCCGUGACACCAAGUGCAACUUGUUCAUGAGCGACACGAUGGCAAGGUAUCUAGACUACCUGUUUCUUAUCACGUUUGACUACAAGCUGGACGACCUGACCAGGACUAGGCUCACCAGUGGACUUUAUCGAUAUAAAGAUAAUAACGGUUACACGACUACGGAAACGGAGACGUGCCUAGGUCGCUGGAUCGAUGCUGGAGUGCCCAAGUACAAGAUUGUACCAGGCCUCGCCACGUACGGCCGCAGCUUCACGCUCAAUAACCCGGCCUACAAUGGCGAUAAUGCCAAGCUGAAGAAAAGCCACCCUCUCGGUUACGCAGCUGAGUUCUCGAAAACAGACGGCUACAUGAACUACGUUGAGACGUGUAGGCGUGCUGGCUACAUGAAAUGGACUAGAAAAUGGGUACCAUACGCGGCAACGCCGUACAUCUACCACAAAGACCAGUGGGUCAGCUAUGACGACACGGACAGCGCCGACGUAAAGGUGAAAUGGUUUCGGGACCGCUCGCUGGGCGGCGUCUUCAUAUGGUCAUUGGGAGAGGACGAUUACGCGGGCAACUGCAAGCAGGACCACCAGUACCCGAUGGUCACGGCGGCAUGGAAGGUCAUGAAGGACUACUGGCCCAUAGACUUCUAUCGUGCCAGGAGGAGAAAGGGCUGAAAGCUGCAAGGACACAAGGUGUGAACGAAGAAACCUUGGAUAUAUUUAAAAAAAAAAGACAAAAAAAGACAGGGUGAUCAACCAGACGGUGCCUGUCGGAACCAUGCGAUCGUCGUCUGCAUUUUUGAAUUAUGUGUUAAUAAAUUUUGUAUUUAGUUCUCUUA